CCUCAACCGAAUCGCGAAGCUUGUUCAUUGAGCUGUUGCUCCGUACUAGUUGUCAACAUCGCAGCUAAUUACCAAACGUAUCAACCGUAACAGUGCUAUUUAACCCUCUGAAUUUCCAAUCGCAACAGCCGCUGGAAAGCGGUGCAAGACCAACAACCCCGAGAUACAAAAGCACAAGCAAUUGACUACCUGCGUGCACUGCGCGCCCCGUCGCAAUGUCGAGCCAGACGGGCAAGUGGCGCGAGGAGCAGGUCCUCGUCAUCUGCCCCGGCAGCCAGACCACCCUCGCCCAGCUCGGCUGCAACGAGCUGACCCCUCCCGCCCACCGCUUCCCGACGCGCAUGUUCAAGGACCCGGACUCGGACGACCACUGGCGGCCCUAUCACACGUACAAGCGCAAGAAGGAGAGCGCCGCCGACGGCGACGGCGAGGAUGCGUGGGAAUAUGUCGAGGACACCGAUUCGGUGGAAGGCGCGGUGUAUCCCAUUCAUGCCGGCCGCAUCGCACACAUGGACGCCUUCCUCGCCUUCCUCGAGCACGUCCACUCGCAGCUGACAACCACCUAUCAUAACACGCCCAUCAUGCUGAUGGCCUCGCCGCAGUGGACCCGCCCGGACUGCGAGGCCAUCGCCCGCUACAUCUUCGAGAAAACUAAGACGCCCGCCCUGUGCCUCAUCCACAGCGGUAUCGCCACCCAAUACGGCCUCAAGUGGCCCAACAUGACGGUCGUCGAUGUCGGCUUCGAGAAGGUCGACGUCACGUGCAUCUACGACGGGCGCGUCGUCUCGCACAGGGACGUCGGCCCCCACCUGCACGACGACGAGGUUAGUGGUGGGGAGGCAUUUACGCGGAGGCUGCUGAAGCUUCUAGAGAAGCAGGGGUUUGACUACGAUAUGGCCGAGCAGCUCAAGAAGAGCCCUAUCUGCGAGGUGCUGCCGUAUGCGCCUGAGAGGCCGGAGCUGAUGGAUCUGCCGGCCGAGACGGGGGCGGCGCCAGCGGGAGCGGUAGUUACCGAGGCGCCCAAAGUUGUGGAGCCCGCGAGGAGUUAUGCGCCCGUUGGGGUGGAUGACGAGGUUGGGGCAAACGGGGAGGUCAAGGAGGCGGAGGAGGACGGUGUGCUGGACGUGGCCAACAUUGUCGCCAGCGGGCAGACGAGAGAGUUCCUCGCCAAAAAGGAGAGGGAGAAGGCUGAGAGGGCGGCGAAGGCGCGGAAAGGGAAGGACAAGGAGGCUGCUGCCGAUGCGGCGCAAAAGGCCGCCAGGCUACCCAACUGCAAGCGGGUGCGGAAUACGUUCCAUUACGAGGAGCUGGUGACGGAAGAUAUCCCGGUCGCGGCACCGCCCAAGGAGAACGGCAGCACAGAUGUCACCAUGACCGAAACAGCAGCAGAAAGCUCGACUGGAGACGCUGCACCAGCCGCUGGAGGGCAACCACAACCCAGCGACGCUCAAUCAGCAGACUCAGCCCCGACAGCAACCGAACGGGUAACGCGGCGCGUGCGCCGCGAAGUUGAGGUCGGCCUGGAGCGCUUCCAGUUCGCCGACCGCAAAGUGAUCGACCGUAUCGUCACGGCUAUGUACCACGCCGUGCAGGGCAUCGAGGACAUGUACAUGCGGCCCGGCUGCUGGGAGAACGUCGUCUUUGUCGGCAACGGCGCGCGCAUCCGCGGGCUGCGCGACAACAUCAUGCAAACCCUCCAAGCGCGCCACCUCGUCUCGCCCAGCUCUGCCACCAUGUUCACCUCGGAGCUCCCCUCUAACAUGGGCACGCCCUCGGGCACCGGCUCCCAGACGCCUACCUCGUCCUUCGCCGGCGGGCCGCCGCACCAGCUGCCCACCACCAGCAGCGGUGUUAACCCGCUCUUGCAGGCCGCCACCACCGCCGCCAGCCUGGGCGUCCCCAGCAAUGCGAAUGCCGCCGGUCUCAACUCCGGCGACGCCGCCGGUGGUGGGGGGACGACAAGUCAUCACUUCCACAGCCAGACGCCGACGCACAUCCGGCUGGCGCCGUUGCCCGCGUACCUGACCGAGUGGAGCAAGCACGGGUUCGAGGAGGCAAUGUUCUUGGGGUCGCAGGUGGCCGCGCGGCUGGCUUUUUGCAUCCACAACCUGGAUGCGCAGGGCCUCGAGGCGCAGCGGCUGAUGAGCCUAAGUCGGGUGGAUUAUAAUGAACUUGGGCCGAAGGGCAUUCGGUUGCAUUCCAUGCUGGGGUAAACUUGACUGAACGCUGGGGUUGGAUGUGGAGAGGGAGGGAAAUGGGAAGGGGCGGCAGCAGGGCUGGCCCAACGACAUUUUUCGAUGAAAAGGCAUUGGCUAUCUGCAGCGUCUCUGGAGUUUUGGGGGUAAAAGUCGUUUCUCGGGCGGAAGCGAUGGGUAAGCGUAAUGUUCCUCAUUCUCAGCGGAGAGGGAGACGUUAGCUGGGCAAACCAACAGUUGCCAAACGGUAUGUACCAUGUUAAGGGACAUGGAGGUAUGUACGGUUGAUGCAAGGGAGCCCUGCCAUGACUCUACCGCUAGACCAGAGCGCCGUUGAGAGUGGUGAGGUUCAGCAGAGAUAAUUUUCUCUGUUCAUCAUCGCGAUGUUUGCCAGAGUAGGUCACUUGAAGUAUCAAAUAGGGGUAACGUCCUGUUCAAAAAGGUUAGGACUCCAGAAUAUACCCAC